AACUUUCAAAACCCGCUUGUGGCCUUUUGCCCUUUGAGGCUCUUGGUCACAGUCUACAAAUCCACCUUCAAAAUUGAAAUGAGCCGAAAUUUCGGAGCGUCCGAUUCGAAACCGAAAAGCAACGCGAAAUGCCAUUCCAUUUUAUUGCUCUAAUUUCCACGUUCGGUCAUUUCCACGUGAUGACUGAUGACGGUUACUCGAAACAACCACUCUAAAGUCCGUAGAGCUUAGCGCUAAAUGUGUUUGAGAAAAGGUCGCUUCGAAAGCUGAACCAGGUCGCGAGAACGUAGAAGUCAGAGUACCAACACACAGAGAGAUGUGGAGGCGCGUUGUUUCCCUUUAUCCCCUCCUUUCUCCGUCCAAAUCAUCUGUUCUUCACCGGGCCAAAGGUGGAAUCGCCUCUAAAGAGAAGACCCCAUUCAUUACUUUUGUCCUGGGUGGUCCUGGUAGUGGAAAAGGUACACAAUGUGCAAAGAUUGUAGAGACCUUUGGUUUCACACAUCUUAGUGCUGGAGAUUUACUGAGGAAGGAAAUAUCUUCUAAUAGUGAAAAUGGUGCGAUGAUCCUUGACACAAUUAAGGAGGGGAAGAUUGUUCCUUCCGAAGUGACAGUCAAACUAAUUCAGAAGGAGAUAGAAUCAAGUGAUAACUAUAAAUUUCUCAUUGAUGGUUUCCCCCGAUGUGAGAAGAACCGCAUUGCAUUUGAACAGAUUAUUGGUAAGGAACCAAACAUUGUGCUUUUCUUUGACUGUCCAGAAUAUGAGAUGGUGAAACGAGUGCUAAGCCGCAAUGAGGGACGAGUUGAUGAUAAUGUAGAUACGAUCAAGAAACGGCUAAAAGUGUUUUCAGCGUUAAAUCUUCCUGUUAUCAAACACUACACUGAGAAGGGUAAAGUUUGCAAGAUAAAUGCGGUAGGAACAGUAGAUGAGGUUUUUGAACAAGUUCGCCAAAUUUUCACAGAGCUGAUGGUCUAAUGAUGGGAAAUUUAGGAAGGAAAGAAAGAAAGUAGAUGUUCCAAAAGCGAGGGCACUCAUCCUGGUUUUUGGAGUUCCCCUGCGGUGUUUUUGAUAGGCUAAUGCAUUAAAGAUCGAAGACCUCCGGGCCAGAUGCCGUGGUGCAUGAUCGACCACGCAGCACCAUUUGUUUGGGAGAAAUAUGUCCCAACCAUUUAAUUACAUACUCCCAGCUGACAAUGUAAUAUUUUCUCAGUGCCUUUCGUUUCAACUUGACAAUUGAUGUUUAGUGUAAACUCUAACAAGUGUUCUUUAGUUGCUAUCCAGGCAAAUUUUCUGAGAUUAA